AGGAGUAUUUUUAUAAAACAUGUGCUCCCCUGCACCAGCUGAACGGCCCGGAGUGGAGCUGGUGUGACUUUCACACACACACACGAGAAGAAGGAGAAAGAUGGAGGACAUCAGCGCGGAUCUGAAGAACGGAGGUGGCCUGGGGUCAGAGAUCAGCCUGGAGAAGCUGGAGAAGCUGGCUCUGGAGGUGCUGCAGCCGGUCAGAUUCACCCUCGGACUCCUGAACGUGGUCCUGGACUCCGUCACAGACCUGCUGGGGAGGGCCGUGGGCAGCGGCGCGGUCAGGAGGCACUUCCACCUCCUGCUGUCCGGCCUGGUCCUCUUUGGACCCGCGCUCAGUCUGUGGGGGUCCAAGUACAGCGUCUUCGCAAACAGCAACAACUACCUGUACAGGAAGUUCCUGCGGUCCACGUGGGGCUGGACCUGCCUCCUGUCGGGCUCCUUCGUCCUCCUCCUCUCCCUCUCGGCCCGCCGCCCCCCCUCGGUCUCCCUCCGCCACCUCUCCCGGGUGGGCCUGGCGGGUUUGCUCCUGUGGGGCUGCCGGGGCGUCCUGACCGUGCUGGAGGACGCCGCGGGGACGUGCUUCGAGCCGGUGACCUCCGACCCCCAAAGCUCCUCCCCUCUGCUGCUCCUCCAUGAAGACCAAACCAAGGCGUCCUGCCUGCGAGCGCGGCUGCAGUGGCGAGGCUACGAGGUCUCCCAGGACGUCCUGGUCCUCUGCUUCUGCUGCCUCCUGCUCGUGGAGGAGCUCUCCGUCUUCGGGCGUCACCGGUCCCGGUCCGGGUCCCUGCAGAAGGCCCCCGGCGCGCCCCUCAGACUCGUCUUCCUCCUGUGCGUCGUCCUGCUGCUCGCCUGGAUGUCCCUGCUGCUCUGUCUGCUCACCUACUUCCCCAAGUUCCCGUCGCAGCAGCUGGGCGGCGCUCUGGGCUACCUGGGCUGGAGGGGGCUCUACCAGGGCUGGUACCGCCGCGGCCCCGGCUGGACCUGCCCGGGAUUACCAGAAGACGGGCUUCCAGCCUCCGCAGACGCUCGAAAACCAGCUCAAUAGCAUGAAACACUUAAAAUAAGUCACGUUUUGAGAAGGAUGCUGUGAAAAACCCACACCGAGACACGUGAAUGUAUCUGUUCUUUAUUUGUGACGGUGAAACUUAACGCCAGAAAAAGCAGGACUUGUGUUUUGUUUAAUUCUGUAAUUUGAACUCGAAAUGCACACAGAGCGAGAACGUGAGGAGGUUUCUGUCAGGGCGGGGGUCGAGCUG